AUGGCUGAUGGGGAGGGAGUGAGAUUCGCCUGCCUUAUUGCCACUUCCUCUAACCUCAAUAAUCUCUUGAGCCUCAACCCACCCCAAACCGACCACACACAUACUCUCGACCGGCCGCAUGACUCACGUGCACGCACGCUAUUAUCUGCAGCUCCGCCGAGAAUCUCCACACUCACACCCAAGGUAGAAUCCUUCUCCCCACAUCUCACUUCACUGUUCCUCACAGCAUCUUUUCCGGCCUCCCGCAUCACCCAACCUUUACACCCAAAUAUAUCAUAUAUUCUAGAUUCGCCAUUUCCGCGCAGAAACUCAUCUGCAGCGACAGCGAAAAGGAGUACAGAAAAUGAGCCUGAGAUGGUCAUACCGGUCACCAAUUGGGAGGUUGAGGCAGGAAAGUGGAGCGCGUGUGGAAUCCCUGUUCUGAUAUCCCCGCGCCGCUUCACCGAGUUUGUUGAGUUAAGGUUAAGUUACUUCAAGCUGGUUGCUUGUAUUUGA